AUGAGUUUUCUUCGUGAGGUGGAGAGCUUUAAAGCAGAAAAGCUAAAAUCGGUAAAUACAACAGUCACUACAGCAGAGGGAAGGAAGGUGAAAUUCAAAAAUCUUUCUGAGCCAAUUGAAAGGGGACUCUUUAUCUUUAAACCCCGCCAUAUUAAAAAGUUGCAACAUGUGUAUUCCACUGGAAAGACUUAAUAUUUCUGUUUCAAAGUCCCCUACCCCACCCAGGCAAGCUUUAAAUUCCCCACAUCCAUUUGUGACAAAUGCUUGUGGGUUGCCAUGGAGGGGGGUUUGGGAAUGGGAUAUUGAAGCUUCAAAGUGAUCUGAAUUAUUUUAUUCCUAGAUAUAAUCACUGGGCUGUAACUUAACCAGUACCUCAUUUUAAGUUUCUAGAGCUCAAGAGUGGAGAUGGAGGUAUCGUCACUGUAGAUACUGGAGAACACAGCUUAGGAUUUUGUGAGGACCUCUCACCAGAUGACAAGCUUUACAAAGUACUGGACAACUUAUUUAUAAGCUCACAAGAUGGAGCCAGAAACUUGGAGGAACUACAUCAAAAUAACAUAACUCACAUAUUAAAUGUUGGAAUAGGAAUACAGAAUGCCUUUCCAAAGGUGAUUGGUCAUUGUUGGACAUGGUUCUCUAGGUUUGAAAAUAAUAUCGUUCAACAUCUUUUCCUGUCUAGUAGCGAAGUUCUUAAUUUACACAUUCUUUUCAUCACUUGCUCCAUGUAAACCCAACCCUUUUAUCUUCUAGGGAGGGGCACCUUUUUAGUGGCUCAAAAGGGUGUUGGUUUUUGGUCUUGAACCUUAAGUAAGGUGUGCAAUCUUACUGUUAGGUAUCCAAAGCAGGGUGUCUCUUCCUAUUUCAAUGUUUUUUUAAGUCUUUGUUUAAAUAUGCUAGGAGUGGACUGGUAAGGACAAUGUGGCAACAUAAGUACUAGUUUUUUUUUACAUGAACCAAAAACAUCACCCUUUAAAACAUGGUCAGGUUUUAAAGGGGCCAUUGGCACAUUCCCACCCAUACUUCCCUUUAGUGGUUCCCCCCCCCCCCUUCAACUUCCCUUUCCACCAAACAAUAAUCCUGAUCCUUUAAUUCAAAGUCGCACUUUAAGGGCCUUAGCUACAGGCAUGCUCCCACCUACUUCCCUUUAGUAAUGACCUCCCCUGCCCCCCCCCCCUGCACCACAGGUCAUCCCUUUUUGUACAUUCAUUGAAAGCAGCAAGUAUGUUAAUUUUUCUUUCCAGGAGUUUGAUUACAAGACUGUUGAGGUACUGGAUUUGCCAGAAACUCCCAUUUGCCAAUACUUCCCAGGGAUGUUUGAUUUUAUCCAAAAUGGCUUGGAAAGUGGUACAGUGCUUGUUCACUGGUAAGGGAACCUUGGUUAAUUAACCCUUUACAUCCUAACAUCAGUGUCCAUAUUCUCCAUACUGUUCUUUAUACAUUUCCUAAAGUGCUAAAAAAGUGAAUUUGUGAAACAAUCAACAGUUUCUUCAGUUGGUGAUUAUUUCCUUUAUUCUCACAACCUUAAAGUGUGAUUCAGGGGUGUUAUUGUGAGGAGAAGUUAGAUUCCAGUCACUCUUUUAAGGGUUAAUGCCUCUAAGAGAAGAAGGACCAGAGGAGAAGGAUAAUAUUUGGCAAGUGCUCACUAUGGACAGAUCAAGUGUAGUUGUGUGUGUCUUGACUGAGAGACAAAUAUUUUCCAGUCAGGCCCAACCUCAUUCAAUAAUGCACAUUAUAUCUUACAACCACUAAUUGCAGAACAUUCUGGAGGCAGGGUGUAUACAGCACAGGUGCUAAAGAUCAUCCAGGAAAAAAAACUUGUCCCAUCAUUUCUUUCUUGACAGAAUAAGAAACUCAGAAUUCAUAAAAAAAGUGUUGACUGAGAUCUUUUUUUUUUUCAAGUUAAAUUCCACAAUUUUUGUUUUACAAUACAGCUGUGUAAGCACAGGGCUAGACAGCUUUAUCCCAACCUGAGGCCCAGUUCUUGAAAGUCCCAAUAUUUUUUAGGGGCCCAAAGCCAUAUUUUUAAAAUCUUAAUGAAUGGAAUUGUAGUUUGGCUCUUUUAAUCAAAAGCCUGUAUGUUCUGUUUUCUCCCCAUCAGUUCAUUGUUUGAAUUUCCAAACUUCUUAAUAUCCUGAUCUUGAAUGCAAAGAUAGUAAAAGCAAACCAGCUCUUUAGGACCUUUUUGGUCAUGUCCUGAAGAAAGACUAGCCUCUAAUUUCUGCUCACAAUACCACCUCAAAUCACACAUUAAGGUCACAAGAAUCAAGAAAAUGAUCGCCAACUUAAGAAACCUUUGAAUGCUAUACAAAUUCUCCUUGUCAGCAUCUUAGGAAAUGUAUAGAGAACAGUAUGGAGAAGAUGCAUUUGGAUGUUUGGGUAUAAAGGGUCGAUACUGUGAUGUGGGUGCAUAUUUAUCUGGAAAAAUGGAAAUGUCUCUCAUUUAUUUCUUGAUAGCAAUGCUGGUGUUUCUCGUUCUGUGACUGUCGUUCUUGGCUACUUGAUGUCUUCAAAAAGAUUGCCACUGAAAGAGGCUUUGAAGAUUGUUAAAAAAGCCAGACCAAGUGCAAAACCUAAUGUAGGAUUCCUUCAUCAACUAGAAGACUACCAGACAAGGCUUCAUCUUCAUUAAAAGAACACAAGAAACAAUAUCCUAAUAUUAAUAGGUGAUUGUAAAUAUAUGAAAAUAAUGUUUGUGAACUGCGUUUAAGAAAUGAAUAGGAAAGUGGUCUUUGUAGUAAUGAACACUACUUAAGCAGUAGUGAAAAUAAGGCCUAAAAAAAAUUCAGGCCUGUAUGGGAUUUGAAGCCAAGUUCUCUGUGAUACCAUACUGUGAUGCAGUGCUCUACUAACUGAGCUAACAUGCCAACUGGGAGCUUGUCAUUAUUUUUGGUUUGUAACAAACCAGUGAAGCGAGUUAUGAUAUCACAGCUUGAACAUUUCUUUGAACAGUUUAGGAUAAUUACAAUUGGUGUAUGAAAAUAGGGGAAAAUUUUUUUACUUAUCCUGAGGAAUUAUCAACAUUUAAUUAUUAUUAAAGAGGUG